GAGGGACACAUCGCGUACCUCACGCGGUGGGAGGAGCUCGACCAGGCUCGUCGCGACGAGGUCAGGUCCUGCAGAAUCCCCCGCGGCGCGAUGGGCCAUCCGGUCAUUGUGCUCCGCCGCCUCUCCGAGCGGCCGACGCACGUCCUCAUCACGUGUGUCUCCACCCACGGAGCCGGUCCGCAUGACGAUUUUCGUGCGCCGUGGGAGAGGCCCGAGCGCAUGCGUGCGCUCGGCGCUAAAGUCCCCGAGGACUUCCGCGCCUUCCACGGCAGCGAGCGGCCGAGCCAGGUCUCCGAGUACCUCCACCUGGAGGGGUACAACGCCUGGCCAAAAUCACAAACCAGCUGGGUCAACACCCAGCAGGUGGACCUCGUCCCGGUGGCCAUCCUCGGAUGGUUUACCAAGCCCCGCCGGCCGCAGCCCCUGCGGGUCACCCGCGCAAGUCUCGAGGACUUGCGCGACCACAUGGCCCGCGCCAAUUGGGGCUGGGGCAAGCCCGUGCGG